UAUAAUUUACAAUCAAUUUAUCUCAUUUUAUAUACUAUACUCAUUUCAUUUCACUUUUCUUGAUUCAAUUUUUUCCACAUCAUUUUCAUUUUCAUUUUUUUCAUUGUUUUCAUUUUUACACUGCCUGUUCUCACUCUUUUUCUAACAUCCAUACUUAAUUGCUCUACUUUUAGGUAUCCAAAUUUUAUACUCCAUCAUUCCUAACACCACUACUACUACUAGUAAUUGUAAUUAUAAUUACAAUUAUAAUUAAACUAUAAUAAUAAUAUCAUUGUUAUUAUUACUACUACCAUAUUAACAAUUUGAUUAUAAUCAGAUUUAUAAUCAUGAAUCUGGAUAUAAAUAAGGACUUAGAUGCCAAUAAGGAUAAGGAUAAGGAUAAAGAUCUGGAUUUAAAUUUAAAUUUACAUACCAACUCAGAUUUAGAUUUAGAUUCAGAUUGUGGUUCAAAUAUGGAUAUGGAUAUGGGUAUAAAUAUAGGUAUAAACAUGGAUUUAAAUAUCAAUUCUUCUGAAUUCAACUCAAACAAUAUUCAUUCAUACUUCCCACUAUUCGACUAUCAACUACACUUAUCCCAUAUCUCUCUAACUAAUAAUAUUCCUCUAAAAACAUUUUUCCAACUAUAUGGCUCAGACUUUAAUAUAAACAAAAAUAUCAAAAAUAUCAAUAAAAAUAUCCUAUCCACAAUCAAACAAAACUAUAUAUUAUUCUCUAUUCGCUUUUUCCUCCAAAUCUUCAAUUCAAAUUACAACCAAAUCAACCACCACUCUGAUCAGAACGAUCUGACUGAUCAGCUAUUUUCCAUUAAAAAUGCUCACCUAAUUUUUCAUCAAUCAAACCUCCACCAUUUGCUAAACAUCUUGCUCACUCAUCUACUAUCUUCCCAUUCCUACUUUAUAUCAAUCAAUCACGCUAAAUUAAUAUUCAUCAAAGUUUUAAAAAUUCUAAUCAAAGAAAAUAAAAUAAAUUAUUUCAAAAAAAAUAUUAAUAACAAUAACAAUUUUACUCAAAAAAACAGAUCACAAUUUUUUUUCAUUUUAAAUGAAAAUUAUAAAUUCUUAAACUACUUUUUUAAUACCAAUGAUAACAAUAAUAACCAUAAUAAUUAUAUUAAAAUUGAUAAAAAUUCAUUAUUACUCAAUUUAUUGAAUUUUUUACCUCUAAAUAAAGUAUUUAAUCAAAAUGAUUCUACCACCACCACCACCACCACCACCAUCAACAAUAACAAGUUAUUAAUAUGUAACCACAAUUUAUUUAACUAUCUCCCAAAUACCUCCAAUAACCAUCCCAUAAUAUACUGCCCCAAAACAAGUCCUGAUAAUCACAACGAUUAUUUCUACUUGGUCGAUGCCGACCCCAACAAUUUUAUUUCAAAAAAUUCUAUAAAUUUCUUUAAAACCACCACAAAAGCCUCUGAUCAACCUGAAAUUGUCACUGAAACUAACCUUCAAACUGCCACUGGCCUUAAUGAGCAAUCUAGCGAUGUAACCAAUGAUGAAACUAUUACUGAUAAGGAAUAUGAUAACAACAGCGAUGAUAGUAGCGAUGACAACACUGAUGAUAGUAUCAAUGAAAACAGCGAUGAAAAUAAUCAUGAGAAUAAUCAUGAGAAUAAUCAUGCAAACAAUCACGAAACCAUUCUGAAACAAGUUUUUGAAACUCAUAAUCACAAAAAUAAUCACAAAAUCACUGAUCCCUCCAAUGAAACUAAAGAAGAAAGAAUUGGCAAGAAUAGUGGCAAGAUUGUUGAAUAUAGUUACAACUCUAAUGAAAAAACAAUCAAAUCUAAUCAAGUCGAUAAUGAACUCAACAAUGAAGUUGACAAUGAAGUUGAUGAUAAAAUUGAUAAUGAUACUGAAAAUAAAAAUAAAAAAACUUUCUUCAAUGCUGAUAAGUUCAUAAUUGUCACCUAUGAUAAGAAAUCUAACAACAUGAUCAAAUCCAACAACAAAAAUAACUCUCAAAAAAUUAAAAACAACAAGAAAUCAGAUUUCAACAAUUCCAUCAAUCUCACAAAUUCUGUCACUAAUCGCCAUGAGCAGCAUCCUAAAAAUAAUAUUCAAAUUUCAGAAUCUAGAAAAAGAAAAAGACGCCCUGGUAGACCCAAAAAAAUUUCUUCCAAUAAUAUUCUGGACGAUAAACCAAAAUUAAACACAAAAACUAGAGAAAACAGAAAAAAAAGAAAACUAUAUUAUGAAUAUGUCCCUGAAAAUUCGAGUUUAAGCAUCGAAUCAAAAAAAAAACUUCAAGAUAAACUGAUUCUAUCAAUUGAAAACAUAAUUGACCAACCUAGAAAAAGAAGACAUAUUUCAUAUGAUGAAAAUAACAAAAGAAAAGUUGUUGUCUCUAAUAACACCCAAAAUAAUAAUUUAAAUACCGAUGAUGAUAAUCUUAUUGUUGAGCUUAACAAAAAACAAAAUCACAUUAAAAUGAAAAACAAAAUAGAACCUAACAUUAGGGAUAACAAUGAUUUAAACAACUUUAAAGAAAAUAUUAAAGAUAAUAACCAAAUCACUGAGGGCCAAAUCACUAAGAGCCAAAUUACUGAGAGCCAAAUCACUGAAAAAAUAAAUACUAAUAAAAGUAAGGAAGAACGCAAUUCCAAUACAUAUAUUGAGAAAGAUUCAAUAAAACCUAAUAGAAAGAAAAACGACAUUCAGAAUGGUAAUAGGAAUACUAACAGAAGAUCUAUUAAACCUUUACAGAUCACCAUAACUUUAAAAGAGAUUAAAAGAAUAAUUAGAAAAGAUAUUGCAGAUUAUAAUAUAGGUUCUAGAAAUGUGAGACAUAUUGUUCCUUUGAAUAACACUAUUAUCAAAAACCAUAAUUUGAGGUUUAAUUCAAAAAAAUUAGAAAAUGUUCAAUCAAAUAAUGAUUUGAAUAAUAAAAAAAAUCCUGUUUAUGUCAAUGAUAAAAUCACAAACAAUAAAAAUCUUAAUGGCCAUAAUGUUCUCAAAUCUUUUGAUAAUAGUGAUAAUCGGCAUAUAAGCGAUAAAAAAACCAAUCAUAAAAAUAAUUAUGGAAAUUGCAAUAAUAAUUAUAUUGAUGACUCAAACAACAAAACCAAAGAAGGUAAAAAAAGUAAUAAAAGUGAAAAUGAAGGCAAAAAUAAAACCACAAAUAUCAAUAAAAUUGAAAAUAAAGUUUUAGUGGGAAGCAAUCUCAUUGAAAAAAAUACUAUUGAACAAAACUUGACAGAAAACCAUAAUAUGGAGAAUAAUGUUGGAAGUGUUGAUAAAAAUUACAUACCAAUCUCAAAAAUUCAAAAUAAGCCUAGUACAAAUUUGCUAAUAAAUUUACCUAAAAAUACUCCGGUUCAACCUCCACUCAAAACUAAGACAAUUUACAAAACACCAAAAAGAGAUUUUGUGCCAAAUACAGAAUACAGAAUGGUAUUAAGGUCCAGUAAGAAUUUAAUUAAAGGAAAGCAAAUAGAUUCUUCAUUGAAACAAAAUAAAAAAAAUAAUGAAAAAAAUAAGGAUAAUACCGCGAGAGUAGAUACAAAAUCUAAGGGUAUUAAUGAUAAUAUUAACAAUAAUAUUGAAAAAAAUAUUGAUGAUGAUAUCAAUGAAAAAGUUGAAGAAGGAUCCAAAGAAAAAGUUAUAAAGAAAACUAAAAGAAAUAUUGAUUAUAUAAAAAAAAUUAAUGGGAAGAAUAUUGAAGAAAAAGAAAAUAAUGGAAAGGAAGAAAAUGAUAAAUUAAAUCAGAACACAUCACUCAAAAAGCCCAUUAGCAAAAAUAACAAAAAAAGCGAAAGAGAAAUAAAUAUCGAAAAGAAACUUCAAGAAAUUGAACAAAUUAAAAAGCAAAUCAAAGAAGUUGAAAAGGAAAUUGAAAAAGCCAAACAAUCUAAAAAACCUGAAAUUGAAAAUAAAAAUGAAAUUGGAAAUCAGGAUAAAACUCAUGCUCGAGAUGAAGCCUUAAAUUUAAAUGGGAAUUGUAUUAACUGUAAUGAUAAUAAUGAUUUAUUUAUGAAUAAUAAUAAAGAAAAGGAUUCUGAUAUUGUAUCAAUAAGAAAAAAUAAAAAUAAAAAUGAAAAUAAAAAUGAAAAGGAAAAGGAAAAGGAAAAAAAAGCUGAUGGCAAUAGCGAAAUUCAAACCCUUGAAUAUAAUUGUGAUGAACCCAUAUUUGAGAUUUCUUCUUACCCAAAAAUGGUUCACAGUCCUGCAAAAACAAACAAGGAAAUAAAUGAUAAUAAAACAGAACUAAACACAGAACAAACACAGAAACAUAAAUUUGAAUGUGCAGGAGGAAAUUUUGGUCAAUUUCCAAUACCAAAUUAUAAAUCAAAAACCAAAAAGACAAGAUCAAGACCAGUAAACGAAAAAAAUAAAGAAAGGGAGACAAUUAAAGAUUCCUUGAAAGAGCAAAAAAGAAUAGCUCGUUUGGAGUUGCAAGAAAAGUAUUUUGAAAAAUUGCAAGCAGUAUACAAGAUCACUAUUGAUGCACAACCUGAUUUUUUGAAUCAAUUAAGUCCGGAUAGCUAUUUGUUUAAAAAAAUAAAAAGAACGUUAAAAGAGAAAAAAAAAUUAAUUGAAACAAUCACAUUCAGUGACACUGAUCAUUUGGAUUUUCGAGAUAAUCCUGAAUUAUAUGAUAUGCUAAUGAUCGAUGAUCUUAAAGGCAAAUACAAUGAAGCUGUAAAAGAUAUUAUUAAUUAUGAAAAUUAUGAUAGGUAUUUCAACGAAACGGAUUUAUUUUAUAAUAAGUUUGAUAGAAAAGAUGGGGUUCUAACGAAUAAUCAAGUUCCGGCAGCUGUUUUACCUUUAUUGGAUAAAGCAUUUCAUAAGGUUGUUGAUUAUAGUACUGAAUCGAUUGAAAACGAAGAUAUGAUUUUCUCCAUUGAUGAAUAUUUUGCAAAUAGUGAAAACCAAUCAAUGAUUAAUUUUCAAAUUCAACAAUUUCCAGAAAUUUCAAAGAAAAUUUUAGAAAUUGUGGGCAAAGGCCAAGAGAUUCCAUCAACUUAUAAUCUUAAUAGACUUUUUAUCUUGAAUGAAUUUCAUAAAGAUGAAGAAUUUUAUUCGAUUUAUAAAAAAGAUUAUGAUGAGAAGAUGAACAAAAAGGAUUUGAAAUUGAAUGAACUUUUUUUAUAUUUAUGUUUUAGAAAUUGUAUUAUAAGUGGAAGAGAGGAAUAUCAGCGUCAAUUUGAUUAUCAAUAUCAACAGUACCAAAGGCAAAAUCUAAAUAAAGAGAGGGAAAAUGAAAAUGAUCAAGACAAAAACGAAAACAAAGAUAUAAAUAAAGAUCUGAGCUCGAAAGUAAACUCUCGACCAUGCUCUCAGAUGUGUUUCAACCAAGUUCCAAAACCAGUUUUGAGUUUUCAAACUCGAGAUUAUUGUGGUACAAAACAGAAUAAUCAAGAAAAUCAAAGUCGGUCUUCAAGAUGCAAUUCACUUUCAAGUGCAAAAGAAUGUUCAACCGGAAGCUUCAAUACAGAUAAAAGUUAUACUACUGCUGACAGUUCAAACUCCGAGUCACAUAAUGAUAAGAACAAUAACAAAAAUAUCAAUAACAAUAAUCAAACUCCUUGUUUGGUUGAAAAUGGGGAUGAAAUUGAAAUUGAUAUUUUAGAGGUGUUUGAAAACAUUCAUUCCAAGAGAAAUCAAGAUCAAACAAUAGACCCGACUGAUGGCAAAGUUUGUAAUGAAAAAGAACAUUAUGAUAAAAAUUCAAAUUCGAGUAAUAAAAAACAAAAUCUAAAGUUGAAUAUAAAUAAAGAUUCACAACCGGUUUUAGGUGUUAGAUCCAAUUUUGAUUUCAACAAAACGUUUGAAAGCAAUUUGAAUAAUAAUUUUAGUGUUAAUCAGAACACAGAUCCUCAUUAUAACCCUAAUUAUAUUAACCCAUAUUCAAAUAUAGGGUACAACGCUGAUCCUAAUGGUGGUUUUACUUUUAAUAAUCCCAAUUAUACUUACCAUAAUUAUAAUGGCGGAAAUUAUGGAUUUCAAAAUUACAAUAAUGUCAAUUAUAAUUAUAGCAAUGUCAAUUACAAUUACAAUAAUGGAAGUUAUAAUAAUCAAAAUUAUAGCAGUUUGAAUUAUAACAAUACUGGUUAUAGUAAUCCCGGGUACAGUAACGCAAACUAUAAUCCUAAUUAUAAUCCGAAUUAUAAUCUCAAUUAUAAUUUUGGAAAUGCCGCAGCAGUUAAUAAUCCCAAUUAUGUUGAUGGGGAAUUUGGUGUUAAUUUUGGAAUUAAUUUUGAUUCUUAUCUUGCACCGAAUUAUAAUGAUUAUUAUGAGCACAAUAUAAAUGGAAAUGGAUAUAAGGGGUUAAGCAGAUAUAUGGAUGGGUAUUAUAAUCGAAAUUUAUUUGGAGAUAAUGAAAGGCCAUUUCAAAAAUUUGAAAACGAGCAUCCUAACUGGAGAGAAAAAGUUGUUGAAAAAGAUAAUUUUAAAAUAGUUUUUUUAAAAGAUAGUAAAUUUGAAUUAACGGGCAGUGGGAUGAUUAUUUGUGAUACACCAGAAAUUGCACGAAUUGUUUAUUUAUGUAUAUUAAGAAUGAAAAUUGGAAAUACCAAAGUGCCACUAAUUUUAAAGUUGAAUGAUCCGAGGGUGUUUAAUAAUCGAUCUAUGAAUUUAAUCAAGCCAUCUAAUAAGGUUAUUAUCAAUAAUUUUCAAUUGAAGUCGCAUAUAAAAUUGAUUGAUAUUAAAGUUACUUUGAAAGAGAGACUUGGAGUAAAUUUAAUUAAAGUUACGAAGUUUAAAAAAGAUGAAAGGAAAAAUUUUGUUGGAUUUCGAAAUGAUGCAGUAAUUUUGCAUUUUGAAAAUCUACAAGAUGCUAUUAGAUUUAAGAAUUUUUUAAUGAAAUUUAAGUUUUCAAACAAUUGCAGUCGAAUAAUAGGAUUUAAUAAGAAGUUGGAGAAUAAUGCUAAUGCAGCUACAGAAUACAAUAAGCAGACAUUGUUUUUCAAAAACGAUCAAUGUUUCUCGCUUUAUAAUCACCAGCAUAAUUAUAUGAAUGAGAAAAGAAGGAAUGUAAAUCCGAAUAACAAUGGGGACAAUGGGGACAAUGGCAGCAAUAAUGAGGGCACUGACAAUGACAAUGACAAUGAUGAUAAUGAUAAUGAUGAUAAUGAUAAUGAUAAUGAUAAUAAUGAUGACAAUGAUAAUGAGUAUGAUAACGAAAAGAGGAAUGGUAAUAGUAAUGGAGAUUACAAGCUUGGAAAUACCAACAGUAUUAAUGAUUUUUUUCAAAGUCUAAAUGGCAAUGGCAAUGAUAAUGGUGCUGCUAUUGGUAGUGGAAAGGAGGCUGAAAGAGGAUACAAAUUUGAGAUAUUUUUUUAUCACGACGAGUCACGGAGGAUUUUGAUAGACAAUGUGGUUUUAAAUCCAGAAAGCGAGAUGUUGUUAGUUGGGAUGACCAGAUAUUUCAAGGACAUAUUUAAGAACUUUGGGCAAAUCCAUAAAACGAGGUUCUUGAAGUCCAAGAUUCCGUUGCCCGAGAAGGAGGAUGCGCAAAAGAAGGAAGUGGUGCCUUUCAUCACGCAGGUGUUCAUUGAGUUCAACUCAAACGAGCAGGCCACACGAGCCAUACGCUCACUCAAUGGCGAGUUCUUUGAUGGCAAGUGUCUAUACAUCAACUACGCGUAGCAGAAGCAGCACAGACCCAGGAAGAAGAAGCAGCACAAAUCACUUUCCCAAUCGGGACAGAUAGAGCAGAAAAUGCACAACGCCCCCACCGGGACUCGAACCGCAGUUGUGGCAAAGGGACGGAGGGGCGGAGCACAAUCCGGACGCGGACCGGGCGGAUUCCGCGGAGUUGCUCGAAUUCAAAUUCCAAACGUGCAUGGGUUGUUUAUAUGUGUCUCUCCAUCACCAAGUCCAUCAC